AUUACGCACAAGCUCGCUGCUCCUUUAAGAAGGUUUAACAUUAGACCCAGCGCGCUCCAGUGUCUGCGGGAGGCGAGCGACGCUCAUCCCACAGAACCACUCGACUCUCCCAAGUUUUCUCCUGAGCCUGCUUCCUUGUCUCACUAUCUGUUAAGCGGUUACGGAAGAACAGGGCACCAUGGCCGAGACGGAGAAAGGAGAGAAAGGAGGGAAAGGAGUUAACGUGUCUGCGGGGAAACUGGCGAUCAAUAUGCAGAAGAGGUUAACCCGAGCCCAGGAGAAGGUCAUGCAGAAGUUGGGGAAGGCUGAUGAGACGAGAGACACAGCAUUCGAAGAGGGAGUCAGCAACUUCAACAAGCAGAUGGUAGAGGGAGCCAAACUACAGAAGGACCUGAAGGCCUACCUGCUUGCAGUCAAGACGAUGCACGAGGCAUCCAAGCGUCUGCAGGACUGCUUGGCUGAGAUGUACGAACCCGACUGGUUUGGCAAGGAGGAGGUAGACUCCAUUGCAGAGGACACAGACAUGCUGUGGAUAGACUUCCAUCAGAAGCUGGUGGACUCUGCUAUCAUUAACCUGGACUCAUACAUGGCCCAGUUCCCCGAGAUCAAGAACCGAAUUGCUAAGCGGGACAGGAAGUUGGUCGAUUUUGACAGUGCCAGACAUCACGUGGCCUCUCUGCAGAAGGGCAAGAAGAAGGAUGAAGUCAAGAUCGCCAAGGCAGAGGAGGAGUUGGGACGGGCUCAGAAGGUGUUUGAGGAGCUCAAUGUGGAACUGCAGGAUGAGCUUCCUACAUUAUGGAACAGUCGUGUUGGCCUCUAUGUUACCACAUUCCAGAGCAUGGCAGGGGUAACUGAGAAGUUUCACAAAGAGAUGGGAAAGCUGAGUCAGAACCUGAAUGAUGUCAUGGGUAAACUGGAGGACCAGCGGAACAUCAAAAAAGACUCAAACACAAAAACUCCAGCUAAGAGUGAGGCUGCCUCCAACCACAACACAGAGUCGGACACAAUUCCCAAGUCACCACCCAAGUCGAGGCGACCGUCAGGCCCCCCGGUCCCUCGGCCGCCCAGGCCGUCCCCAUCUAGAGAGAUGCCGCCGCCGCAGGACAACACCCCUGAUCUGUUUGGGGACGCUGCUUCGGUUCCCAUGCCAACCCCAUCACCAACGCCAGAGGUCACCGUAACAGCUCCAUCACCGCUGGGCGCUUCUGGAGCAGCUGAGGAUAAUGCUGUGACCAAUGGAGCAUCAGAUAGUGGAGAUUUACCACCUGGAGUUCUGUACAAGGUGAAGGCCCUGCAUGACUAUGCAGCCACAGAUGGUGAUGAGCUGGAAAUGAAGUCUGGGGAAGUUGUCUUUGUGGUGCCCUUUGAUGCUCCUGAUGAACAGGAUGAGGGAUGGCUGCUAGGAGUGAAGGAGUCCCACUGGCUGGCCAAUAAGAACCUGUCGGCCCGAGGCGUCUUCCCCGAGAACUUCACCCAGCGCUGCUAAGCUGGACUCUACCUAAACCCUGCACCUUCCACUAACCGCACACACACACACGCGCGCACAAACACACACACACGCACACACACACACACACACACACACGCGCACACACACGCGCACACACACGCACACACACACACACACACACACACACACACACACACACACACACACACACACACUCUCUCCCUCACACACCCCUCUCCUCUCUCUUUCCAUCCAUUGUUCUUUCUCUCUCCUAUCCUCUCUGUCUCCCUCUGUUCUGUACUGAUGUGGUUUCUCUUCAUGUGAAUAUCUACUCAGAAGGGCUACUUUGACCCCACACACCGUGCAGUGUGUGAGCCACACAGAUCUAAACCAAUAUGACUCUGCAAUACAUCCUGGGCUCCCUGGCUUGUGUUUAUGUGUCUGUAUUAAGUUGGUCUAGAGUGAGUGGUUUGUGUGUCUGUGUCUGUGUCUGUGUGUGUGUGUGUGUGUGUGUGUGUGUGUGAGAUUGAUUGGCUGUGGUGUGGAGAGAAAGAAGUUGUUAACAGCGCUCUAAGUGACCCUAACUAUAUGUCAUUGUCAAAAACUUUGACUACAGAUUUGUUGAUAACUUUGUCUGCAACAGAGCACUGAUGUAUGACGGUGUAUGUACUGAUGCAUGAUGAUGUCAGAGCCAAGGGGUCAAAGGUUAAGUGAUUGACAGCACAGCUUAUUAUUAGCAUCUCAGGUAUGAUUGAGCACCUGCAUGGAACAGCUGACACUGGGUUGACCUCUGACCUGUACACAGCUUCAAGGUCAAAUUUUAUUUAUGAGUUCCUGGUUUUGUUGUUUUCGUGGUCCUGAGAAAAGAAGUUACUUUGAGACUUGAAAAGAAAACAAACAAAAAACAUGCUAAAAAAAUAAUGGAAAUACAUUUUGAGGUUGGGGUAUAUUUUAUGACUUACUGAUGGGAUUGCUUGAAAAAUGGUUUUGAAGCCUUGCAACUGUCGCAUGGUCAUUUUGUAGUUGUUUUUAGUACUCUAGAUUGUAUUUUAUCCCCAAACUCUGUGUAAGAACUGGAAUGGCCUGCUUCAGGAUCAGAGAAUGUCCCUCGACUAGCCUGCACACAGAUAAACACGCUGGCCCUGAAACAGCGUACCUGAAGAAUGCAGUCCACUUCCUGUUCCAGUGCUGUCCACUUCCUGCUCCAACGCCGUCCACUUCCUGUCGUAGACCUGUCGUCCUGCUGAAACAGGUUGGAUCAUCAGCCCCUAAUGCCCCACUGGUGGAGUUCAGUCUUUCCAUCUCAGGCACAUUUUCGUCUAUACACCUGCUGGAACAGAAGUGAAUGUUAACGCUCUCAUUGAAACAGUAUGUUAAUCUGCAGGAAGUUGCCCUACAUCACUUCCUCUGUGAGGGGAUGAAGGGUGGGACUAUAAUAAACUGAACUGUGUCUAGAAUGUU